GUCACAUGACGCUGCUCCAUGCUGGUAUAAAUCCACCUCUGUGUAUUCACUCUGCCUUUUUUCCUCCACGUUAAGCAGCUGUGUGCUCGAGUCCAGGCUACAAAGUAGCUUCGACCUCUCCGUCAUGGCUGACCAGGCUUUUGUGACGUUGGCUACCAAUGACAACUAUGCUCGUGGAGCCAUGGUUUUGGGAAAGUCCCUCCGCAACCACAACACAUCCAAGAAGCUGGUGGCUCUCAUCGGUCCACAGAUGUCAGAGCCUUGCAAGGCGGUGCUGAAGAGGAUCUAUGACGAGGUGAGGGAGGUGGACGUUCUGGACAGCGGAGACACGGCACACCUGGCCAUGAUGAAGAGGCCCGACCUGGGCGUCACCUUGACCAAACUGCACUGCUGGACCCUCACACACUACUCCAAGUGUGUGUUCAUGGACGCAGACACACUGGUGCUCUCAAAUAUCGAUGAGCUGUUCAACAGAGAGGAGCUGUCGGCGGCUCCUGACCCCGGCUGGCCCGACUGCUUCAACUCCGGUGUGUUUGUUUUCCGUCCUUCUCUGGAGACCUACGGCAAACUGCUCCAGCACUGUACAGACCACGGCAGCUUCGACGGAGGAGACCAGGGGGUUUUGAACAGCUUCUUCAACGACUGGUCAACAGCUGACAUAUCCAAACACCUCCCCUUCAUCUACAACCUGAGCAGCAUCGCCAUCUACACCUACCUUCCAGCAUUCAAGCAAUAUGGUGGCAAUGCCAAGGUGGUGCAUUUCCUGGGGAAGACCAAGCCGUGGAGCUACACGUACGACACCACAUCCAGACAGAUCACAGGCAGUGCGCACGACGCCACCACACACCCCACCUUCCUGCUGGACUGGUGGAGCCUGUACUCCCGCACCGUGGUGCCCAUGCUGAAGGAGCAGCACGGAGACCAGCCCUUCUACUCCGGAUGUGUGGAGGAUGCGAGUCGCCCCGUAGUUGAUCAAGCAAUCCCACCGGGACUGUCCUCAGAAGAGCGGAAGCAGAAAUGGGAGCAAGGCCAGGCGGACUACUUGGGAAUGGACUCAUUUGACAAUAUCAAGAAAAAGCUUGAUUCUUUUCUCAAAUAAAGAAUAGAGCACUUGCAGUUUACUGUCAGCACAGGUCAUUAAAAAAAACAAAAAAAUACUGUAAAAGACCUCAUCUGUUACGCAUAGCUGUUUGUCGACCUGAAUGAGUCUCUCGCUCCACCAGCAUUACUACAACUGGGGGGGGGGGGGGUGAAAUAUGAUUUACUGUCCAUUUCCCUGCGACAUGUAUCUGUGCUGUUACACUGAAGAGAGGCAGGAAGGAUCUACAGCUAAACAUCCAUUUGAAGGUACUUGCAAUGUACAUUUAGCAAAGUCUGUUGUCAUGCUAUUGUAGGACAUGUUAACACUAGUUGAACUCGGCGUUUUGUAUCUCAGCAGUCACUUAUUCGUAAUGAUUUUCGUUCUUUUUUUACACCACGCAGACUCCUAUUAAUCUCCAGAGCAUUAAUUUCUCCUUCUCUCCCAUUUGUUUUACCAUGGAGGCAUGGAAACACAAAGAUAUGUUUACAGCACGUCUGAAGGCCACAGGACGGUGGUUUAACCGUAGACUACUGUCUAAUUACAUCUGUUAAAAACACCUUUAAGAUGAAACAAUUGUAUUAAAUCUCAUCUGGAAUAAAUAAAAACAUUAAAGUUAUGGCUUUGCUCAGGUGAUAGGUUUCUACGGUGUGCAUACCAAACAUGUUCUGACACAGAUUCUCUCUUAACCCUCAAAUAGGCAAGCGCAUGAAAGUACUUUGGAAAAUGUAUCGUUAUACAUGUAUUAAUGUAUUUAGGCUAAAAAGACAAUGUUAUUUCUACUGAUCCUCAGUGCCUUGUGUUUUGCUCUCUAAUGCCGUCAUCUCAUCUUUUCUUGACUUUCAGCUUUUCUGUAGGACAUAAUGUUUUUUUAACUUUCCUGUGUUUUACUUGACCAGGGUGUUGGUUGUACCAAUUAAAAUCUCAUCUGGAAUAAAUAAAAACAUUACAAGUUA